ACGGCGAAGUGUUGUUGGCGACGGAACAAAAAUUGGUCGCAUUGAUCGGUUUAAAUAAAACCAAUAAAAAAUAAACAAUCGCUGCAGCAUAAAAUCGGUUUCGUGGGUUUUAAGAGUCCCAUAUUCGAGUAUUACGCAUACGCCGGGUGUGACGGGGCUUGGGUUUGCAGAGUAACUUGGAAAUCGCUGCAAAAUGGCUGCCAUGCAGUCUGGCGGACGACCCCGCGAACGCCUGCUCUAUGCCUUCCGGGGAUGGAUAGCCUUUGUGGCCUUCAUGGACUUGGGCACGGCUUUCCGGAGCUAUAUCGAGAGGCGCAGCUUCCUGGGCGACCACAGUGACACCCAGUUCAUAGAGGGUGACUAUACCAUAUCGCGCAUUAUCGGGAUGUACUGCCUGCUCAAGGCCAUAGCUCUGGUUCACUGCACCCUCUAUAUCCACUAUAGGCCGGUUGUGAGCAUGGGCGGCUGCUCCUUGGCCCUCACAAUGGUCUUCUACGCCACCGAGGCGCUCUACUUUCGCUCCAGCACCAUCAACUUUUACGUGAUCUUCCCUUGCGUGCUGAAUUCUAUCACUCUAUUGGGCCUAAUCUAUAUUCCCAAACGACUGCGGCUCUGGGAGCCAAACAUGGAUCUCGAUGACGAAAACUCGCAGCUUCUGAAGCAGAUGACGGGCUUUAAGAGACGUCGUGCGAAAAAACAAUAAUUAUAUGUUUAAAAACACUGAAAAGUAGGGGCAGGAAACCUUAUCAGUUUUCAGAAGGGCAGUAUUGUGGAGUAAUCGCAAGUUUUGCAAUUUGGACUGAAUUGGUGUGAUAGGCAUGGCAUCAAGUUCAUCAUUAUAAACUUAAAAGCAAUACUGAAAACAACGCCAAAUUAGUGAUUUUCCAUAAACUAGGUACUAAAGGGACACAUUAGUCGCGGAAUAAGUCAAUUUGUGGCAUAAUCAAUUCAAGACCUACAUAUGUUGUACUUCCUUUUUAUAAACAAUAUUUAUAUACAUUUAAAAAUGUAUAGCACAAUAGAGUUUUUGCACUUUUUAGUGUUAAAAAUCUAUAUUAGGAAUAAUUCGACAUUAUCAGAAUUAGCACCCAAGUUAAACAAUUCAAAUCGAAAGGCUUUAAAUUAACAAAUAAGUUCAUAACCACCUUAUUUAGUGUUACGUUGGACUUUUUCAUUACAUAUACGAUUAUCAAUUUAUGGAACUUGCUUCCGGAUCCUAAAAUUAAGCAAAUGCAUAGUUAAAAUUUUAUACUCAUCACAUAUGAUUAAUAGUUAUAUACCUAAAGAAAAACAAUAAUAGUUUUGUACGCAUUAUGUAGAAAAUGUUUGAAUAAAAAUUUAAAUUUCCAAAAAAAAA